AUGACUGAUAUGAUGGAUGACAGCUAUAGAAUGGCAGAGAACGAGUACUUUCUUCCCGAAGGCGAUGAGAUGUAUGAAGACGAACCCAUUACACAAGAAGAUUGUUGGACAGUGAUUUCCUCCUUUUUCGAAGAAAAGGGUCUUGUCAGACAACAAUUGGAUUCCUUUGAUGAGUUUGUGCAGAAUACCAUGCAAGAACUCGUGGACGAAAACUCGAAUCUUGUUCUUCAGCAUGUUGGCGGCGACGGUGAUGUUACAAAACGAUAUAUCAUUGACUUUGGUCAAAUCUACUUGUCAAAACCCACCAUGACAGAAGCAGAUGGUAGUACGCAGCCCAUGUUUCCCCAAGAAGCGCGUAUUCGUAACUUGACAUACGCGUCCCCGCUUUAUGUUGACAUGAGUAAACGUACACAAAUCGCAACACCAUACGAUCCCAACAACACCGGCCGAAAUCCCAACGACUUGUUCCAAGACGAACAUGGCUCAGAACACCCACAAAUGACCAAAGUAUUCAUCGGCAAGGUGCCCAUCAUGUUGAGAUCCACUUACUGUAUUCUCCAUGACAUGCCUGAAAGCUCCAUGCAUGAACUCAACGAGUGUUCUUUUGAUAUGGGUGGUUACUUUGUCAUCAACGGUUCCGAAAAAGUAUUGAUUGCUCAGGAACGUAUGGCCACAAACACAGUGUACGUCUUUUCAAAGGCGCCUCCCUCCAACUUUCAAUACACGGCUGAAAUCAGAUCACAACCUGAAAAGGGCUCCAAGAACGCCUCUCCCUUGUUCAUCAAGAUGAUGAGAGCUACGUCUGAAAGAGGCUCUUCUGGCCAAUGUAUUCGUGCUGCUUUGCCCUACAUUCGUUCUGAAGUGCCCAUUGUCAUUGUGUUUAGAGCGCUAGGUCAAGUCGCUGAUAGAGAUGUGUUGGAACAUAUUUGCUACGAUCGCAAUGAUUACGAAAUGCUGGAGCUGUUGAAGCCCUCGAUUGAAGAAUCGUUUGUCAUUCAAGAUCAAGAUGUUGCUUUGGAUUAUAUCGGUAAAAGAGGUACCACUGUCGGCGCCACCAAGGACAAGCGUAUCAAGUACGCUUCAGAAAUUCUGCAAAAAGAACUGCUGCCUCACGUUGGCACCGCUUACAAGACAGAGACUCGCAAGUCCUACUUUUUUGGUUACAUGAUUCAUCGUUUGUUGUUGGCUGCUCUUGAGCGUCGUGAAUUGGACGAUCGUGAUCACUAUGGUAAGAAGCGUAUGGAUCUGGCUGGUCCCUUGAUGGCAAGUCUGUUUAGACUCUUGUUCAAGAAACUGACAAAGGAUGUGGCCAAGUACUUGCAAAAGUGUAUUGAAUCCAGCAGAGAGUUCAACUUGACGCUUGCUGUCAAAUCCAAUACCAUCACCAACGGUCUCAAGUACUCUUUGGCUACCGGUAACUGGGGUGAUCAAAAGAAGGCCAUGCAAUCGCGUGCUGGUGUGUCUCAGGUACUAAACAGAUAUACUUACACCUCUACCUUGUCCCAUUUGCGUCGUUGUAAUACUCCCAUCGGCCGUGAUGGUAAGAUUGCCAAGCCUCGUCAAUUGCACAACACCCAUUGGGGCCUUGUCUGUCCUGCUGAAACGCCUGAAGGUCAGGCUUGUGGUCUUGUCAAGAAUUUGGCUCUUAUGUCUUACAUCUCUGUCGGCUCUUCUGCUACGCCUCUCAUCAUGUUCUUGGAAGAAUGGGCCAUGGAGAACUUGGAGGAAUUGAGUGCCACGAGUAUUGCUGAUGCCACCAAGGUGUUUGUCAACGGUGUCUGGAUUGGUAUCCAUCGUGAUCCUGGAGAACUGAUCAACUCGCUCAAGCAAAUGAGACGUUCCGUUGACAUUUCGCCUGAAGUCAGUAUUGUGCGUGAUAUUCGUGAAAAGGAAUUGAGAAUGUACACGGAUGCUGGUCGUUGUUGCAGACCUCUUUUCUUGGUGGAGAACCAACAGCUCAAGUUGACGCGUGAUCAUGUCUUGCGUAUUCAAGACACCGAAGACGACUAUGGAUGGCAAAACAUGAUUGCCGAUGGUAUUGUCGAGUACGUGGAUGCGGAUGAAGAGGAAACUGCCAUGAUCUGUAUGACGCCUGAAGACUUGGCCGAGUCUCGCAUGACAGCAGAGUACGGUGCCCCUCUCCAAGAGACCAGAGACUUGUUCAGUCGUGUCAAAUCUCAAACUGGCAGCUAUUCACAUACUUGGACUCAUUGUGAGAUUCACCCCAGUAUGAUUCUCGGUAUCUGUGCUAGUAUCAUUCCCUUCCCUGAUCACAACCAAUCUCCCCGUAACACUUACCAAUCUGCUAUGGGUAAGCAGGCCAUGGGUGUCUAUCUCACCAACUUCCAGACGCGUAUGGAUACGCUUGCCAACAUCUUGUACUAUCCUCAAAAGCCUCUCACUACCACCAGAUCCAUGGAGUUCUUGCGUUUCAGAGAGUUGCCUGCUGGUCAAAACGCCAUUGUCGCUAUUCUAUGUUACUCUGGUUACAAUCAAGAAGAUUCCGUCAUUAUGAACCAGAGCAGUAUUGAUCGUGGUUUGUUCAGAUCUCUCUUCUUCCGUACUUAUAUGGAUGCUGAAAAGAAGGCUGGUAUGAUGUUUAUGGAAGAGUUUGAGAAGCCCACGCGUGACACCACGUUGCGUUUGAAGCAUGGUACCUAUGAAAAGCUGGAAGAAGAUGGUUUGAUUGCACCUGGAACGCGUGUUUCUGGUGAUGAUAUUAUCAUUGGUAAAACUGCUCCCAUCCCUGCUGAUUCCGAAGAACUGGGUCAAAGAACAACCACGCACAACAAGCGCGAUGCUUCCACACCGUUGAGAUCCACUGAAACUGGUAUCGUCGAUCAAGUCAUGUUGACCACCAAUCAAGACGGUCUCAAGUUUGUCAAGGUCCGUGUCCGUUCUACUCGUGUGCCUCAGAUGGGUGACAAGUUUGCUUCUCGUCACGGUCAAAAGGGUACCAUUGGUAUGACUUACCGUCAAGAAGAUUUCCCUUUCUCUGCCGAGGGUAUCACGCCAGAUCUCAUCAUCAAUCCUCACGCUAUUCCCUCUCGUAUGACCAUUGGUCACAUGAUUGAAUGUCUGCUUGGUAAGGUGUCUACAUUGACAGGUAAUGAAGGUGACGCUACUCCUUUCACGGAUGUCACUGUGGAAGCCAUCUCUCAAGCAUUGCAAGCACAAGGCUAUCAAUCCCGUGGUUUUGAAGUCAUGUACAAUGGCUUCACAGGCCGUAAGUUGAACGCUCAAGUCUUUUUGGGUCCUACCUAUUAUCAACGUUUGAAGCACAUGGUGGAUGACAAGAUCCAUAGUAGAGCAAGAGGUCCUGUUCAGAUCUUGACGAGACAGCCUGUGGAAGGUCGUUCCAGAGAUGGUGGUCUUCGUUUUGGUGAAAUGGAGAGAGAUUGUAUGAUCAGUCAUGGUGUUGCACAGUUCUUGAAGGAACGUUUGUUUGAUGCCUCUGAUGCUUAUCGUGUCCAUGUCUGUGAUAUUUGUGGUUUGAUGGCCAUUGCCAACUUGAAGAAGAACAACUUUGAAUGUCGUGCAUGUAAAAACAAAACUAGAAUCUCACAAAUCCAUAUCCCCUAUGCUUGUAAACUUUUAUUCCAAGAGUUGAUGGCCAUGAACAUUGCUCCUCGUAUGUUUGUGGAUGCUGACUAA